CAUUGAUAAACGGAAUGAAAACGCCGGCUAAAUCAUUAAGGGUUCCCACCCGUCCUACAUAGUUUGUCGAUUUGGAAUAAAAUUCAAAAAUAAUUGUCGUAAUUAUUUAAGCAAUAAUUAUUGGACCUUCAUUAAUAAAUAUUUGAUGCUUCCGAAAUUAAGUAUGCCUAUUCGAUAAGACGUCCAACAGACUUACUAAUAUUUAUUAUAUGGAGUUGGUCAACAGCUUACAAAUAUCCAUAUAAUAAUAUUCCUUAUUCAUCUAUAUAUUUACAAUGGACGGAAGUGAAUUGGAUAAAAUUAACGCAUUCAAUUCUAUUCCAAUUAAUGGAUCUAGACAUUAUUCAACUUCAUUGAUUGCUGGGGCUGUAGCUGGAACUGUUGUUGAUGUUGCAUUGUUUCCAUUAGAUACAUUAAAAACUAGAUUACAAAGUCAGUUUGGAUUUCUUGAGUCUGGUGGUUUUAGAGGUAUUUAUAAAGGACUGACUCCGACCAUUAUUGGGGCUCCUUUUACAGCCGGAUUAUUUUUUGGCACUUAUGAUGGUUUUAAAAAUUUGUUCCCUAAUGUAUCAAGCAAUACUGCUCCAGUAGUACACAUAUGUGCUGGAAUCAUGGGUGAAGUGGUCUGUUGUACUACAAAAGUCCCUGUUGAGAUUGUAAAGCAAAGACGUCAAGCUUCACCAAAUCAAGAGUCAAUUGUAAGAAUCAUGAAAAAUGCAUAUGCGAAUGAAGGCUUUUUUGGAUUUUAUCGUGGAUUUUGGACAACAGUCAUGCGUGAUAUUCCAUUUUCUAUGUUGCAACUUCCAAUAUGGGAAUAUUUAAAGAAAGAGUAUAAGAUCUUCACUGGAAGACCUCUUACUACAUUAGAAGUUGCUUUAUGUGGUUCUGUAUCUGGAGGCAUAGCUGCUGUAAUUACUACACCCAUAGAUGUAACAAAAACUCAAAUUAUGUUAGCCAAUAGUGCUGUGGAUCAAAAUUUGUCAACAGUUUUUAUAAAAAUAUAUAAAAAAAAAGGAAUUAGUGGAUUGUUUGCUGGUUUUCUUCCAAGAGUUGUAUUUAUAAUGCUGGGUGGAGCCUUAUUUUUUGGUGCUUACGAAAAAACAUGUAGAAUAAUCGAAGAGAAGCAAACAUUUGUAACUUGAAUAUUUUCAAUAGUAAAUAAUUUAUUUUGUGAUUGCCUUAUGACUUAAAGUAUAUUUAUUAUGUAUU